CGUGCGUGAGGAUCCAUCGAGCUCCAAUGCAGCCUCUCCUUGGCAUGUACCUCUCAACGCCCUCUGCGGCGCUCAGUCGACCUCUUCUUCCUCACCACCACUAGUCAACCUACGAGAACAUAUCACAAUGUCGCUGAGAAAGCGAAUGUCCAUCUCUAGCACCCGCAGCGAGUCUCCCUUGGUCUAUGCGACUGCUCCGAAUGCGGAAGUAGAGGAGUGGACGAAGGCAUGGCAGCAAGUCUUCGCGAGAGACCUCAUCGACUCGCCAGUCGUUACUGUGGAUGCGGAUACGACCGUCGAAGAUGCCUGCGAGCUAUUACUUUCGAAAGAUAUACAAUGCCUCGCCGUGAACCGGCGGCCGAACAGCUCCCCGUCGAGCAUUCCAUAUCACGGGCUCUUUGAUUUUGCAGACGUCAAUGCAUUCCUCACGCUAGCUGCAACGAGGCAUCGGCUUGCCUUGGACGAACUACGAGAGAAGCCCCGUAUCCGGGAGAUCUUGGUUGCUGCCAAGGCAGGCAAGGUCCCUAUCGAUCUCGUCAGUAAUCUCUCCGAAAAGAAUCCUUUGGAGACAUUGCCCUACGACGCUACGCUGAUCUCACUGCUAGCCGUGGUUGCACGAGGGGCGCAUCGAGUUCUCAUCAAGACCGAAUCACCUUCAUCCGAGUUCCUCGGCAUGGUAUCCGACCGGCACCUACUCAAAUGGUUCACCUCUUACGCAGAACAGAACCCCUCCUUCCUCCAUUACCUGUCGAACCCGCUCGGCUCUCUCGCACUCCCGUCGUUAUAUCUGUACCUUUCCGUGAUUGCUGUGAAGGCUACGGACAGUGUACUAGAUGCGAUGAAACUAAUGAGCGACGAGGGGGUGAGCACGAUCGCGGUAAUCGAGGAGGACACGGGGAAUCUUUUGAGCGCAGUCAGUGUCACUGAUAUUGGGAAGAUCGUUGUUCCUGCACAGAGCAACCAGAUCUUGUCCGCGCCUCUGCAUCAGUUCGUUUCUCUGAUCAAGGAGCCGGACGGUUCGACAGAUGGCGCGGACAAGUACCCAGUCUACAGUGUCUCACCGAGCAACACCUUAUUCUAUGCCAUGCAGAAGCUCCUGGCUACUGACUCGCACCGCCUCUUCGUGACGGACGAUUCCGCGUUAUCACCUACCUUCCCUCCUAGUAGCUCGGGCAGUCUCUCCGGCAUCGUCUCGACGGUCGACGUCCUCUCGCUCUUCGCUCGCCUCGCGAACCUGCCUGACGUCGACCCAAAGCGCAUGCAGCGGCAUCGGCGUGCGUCCUCCACCUCGUCGCAAUCGUCGUCCUCGCACUCGUCCGACCCGAGUAACUUCAGCCUUGGGUUGCGCUCGCGCUCGAGCAGCCGCACAAGCCUUGGGAGGCUGUCCGCGUCCGCAGGCGAGGCCGGCCAUUGGCCGGAGCGUGUGCCGGAUCCCAGGAAGUAG